AUGGGUUAUUUCUUAGCCGAUGGUAUUUAUCCAAAGUUGACUACAAUUGUACAAGAUUUCUCUCAGACAUUGGACAUUCCCGACUAUGUGAGAUUCAACAAGUAUCAAAUGGAUAAAAUAAAGGAUGUCGAGCGUGCUUUUGGAGUGCUUCGGGGGAUCUCCAUAAAUGCACCUAAACUAAGAAAUGAUCUUGUCAAGCACAUUGAUGCGCGUCCUAGUAGAGGAGGUCAUGCAGCGAACUUGUCUAGUUUGGAGGGUUCAGAUAUGGAAUACGUGGUACUUCCAUCAUCAGAAGGAGAUUAUGAUGAUACAGAUUUAGAAGAAGAAGUAGUUCCUGAUCAAAACGAGGAUGGAGUAUUUGAUUAUUAUGGAGAUUACAAUGAUCAAAUCCCAUAUGACUUUGAACAUGCAGUUGAACAUGUAUAUGGAGACGGACAUAUGGGAGACGGAUAUGAACAUGAUGGAGAUGACGAUGAGGAUUAUGGCGAUGAGGAGGAUUAUGACGAUGACCAUAAGGAGGACGAUGAUGAUGAGGAUUCUGACUGUGACGGUGAUGUUGCGUACAAUGAUGCAGGUAUGUAUGAUGAUGAUGUUGAGGAAUAA